GCAAUAGAGAGACAGGAACAAUUGGAGGGGAGAGCUCAGCUUCCUAUGGGGGGGUGUUAAAAGGACUGAGUAGAUGCAUUGGAUUGAAGCUCCCCUCACCCUGCUAGCUGAGGAGAUGGGAGUUGUAGUCCAGCCCUCUGGAGGCACCAACUUGGGGGAGGCGGCAAUAGAGAGACAGGAACGACUGGAAAGGGGGGGAAAGCUAUGCUUCCAAUGGGGCGUCAGAGGGACUGAGCCUUGGGACUCUUUCCCGCGGAGUGAUACCCACGCUUCGCAUGACCCUUCACUCCCCCACCCGCUCUCGGAGGUCCCCCUUAUGCUGCGCCCCGGAGGCGGGUGGCGGCGCGGAGCAAUCCCUGCCCUUGCCCGCCUGGGAGGAAAAAGUCCCGGACCCUUUGAGAGGCGGAUUCCAAGAUGGCGGCGCAGUCGAGGUGCUGUGAGCAGGCCUAAAGGAGCCGAUGCGGAGCGGCCGUCUUGGGGGGCUCCAAACGCGAAGGUGGCCCCUGGAAGGAGGCAGUUAGGUGCCCGAGGCGGCAGUGAGGCGUAUCAUAAUGGCCCCGGCCUGCGAGCGGCUACAGUUCCGCUUUCCCGGUUACGGAGACGAUGUGCUGCAUCGCAUGGACCAGCUGCGGGAGCAACGCCGCUUCUGCGACGUGACGGUACAGGUGAACGAGCUGCGGGUUCCCGGCCACCGCGUGGUCUUUGCGGCCUGCUCCCCUUUCCUGCGUGACCAGUUCCUGCUCAACGAUUCGCAAGAGGUGACGGUUUCCCUCUUCCAGAGCCCAGAGAUCGGGCGCCAGCUUCUGCUCUCCUGCUACACCGGGUGCCUGGAAGUGCCUAUCAAGGAACUGGUCAACUAUUUGACGGCGGCGUCCUUCUUGCAGAUGGGCCACGUGGUAGAGCGCUGCGCUCAGGCCGUCUCCCACUACUUGGUCCCCAAGGCGGACGCCCUGUUGGAGAAGCAGGAGGAGGAGAGCAGUGAACAGCAAGACGGAGAGGAAGAAGAGGAGGAGGACGACGAAGAGGGGAGAAAGCCACCAUCUUCCAAUCCAGGCAAAGCAGACUGCGAAGAGAACAAAAUGGCUGUGGAGUUCACCCCUCGCGGCUCCCACGGCCCAGCCUCUCCCGCCAUUUCCCUCUCCCUCAUCAACUCCGCCGUGGAGAUCACCCGCAGCUACCUGCAGGGCUGCUACGACGAUGAGAUGAGCGGCAAAGGGCUCCCCUUCCCCUCCACAACCUCCUCCCCCACUUCUCCGUGGAGGAACUACCCCUUGCACCGCCACCGCCCGGCUAUCAACUACCGGGAAUGGCGGACGGGCAGCGGGGUGGCCUCGUGGAAGGUUCCGGGCCUGGAGCGCCCCUACCGCUGCCCCCGCUGCAGCCGGGUGUUCCAGCAGCUGGGCCACUUUGUCAGCCACGUGCAGGAGCACAAGCUCUUCCUGUGCCUGCGCUGCGGCAAGGUCUUCUCGCAGAAGAGCAACCUCACCCGGCACAUCCGGGUGCACACGGGCUUCAAGCCCUUCCAGUGCCCCAUUUGCCGCAAGUGCUUUACCCAGAACGCCACCCUGCAGGACCACCUCAACCUCCACAGCGGCAUCAAGCCCCACAAGUGCAACUACUGCGAGAUGCACUUCACGCACAAGCCGGGCCUGCGGCGCCACCUGAAGGAACUGCACGGGAAAAGCACUGUCCAGAACAGCCACGAGGAGAUUGAGGAGGUCACCAUCGGUUUCGACGUGCGGGGGGGACAGGAGGGUGGCUACACCCUGAACAGCAGGUUCUUCUGCGAGCCCAAGGGGGGUCUUCCGGCCCCAACAUCCUCUCGAUGAGAAACAGCCUGGGGACCUUCGUAGGAGAUUUGCAGUAGAGAGUAGUAACGGUUGGGGACAGGCCGCCGACCGACCAAGUUGUUUCUUUGUCGAGUAGUGAGGCAAAGUCCUGGAGUAGUAGGACGUCAGAAAACUGGAUGGCGUUGUGUUCUCUGUAGAAGUGGCCUGGCUACCAGGUGCUGUGGCUGCGUUGGCUGCCGUAGGGCAUAUUUGGUUCUCCAGAGCUGGUCCACCUUUGAGGUGAGAUGAAGCGUCCCUGCAGAACCACAGUACUCCUGUCCUGUACCUCCUAUUCAGAGCAGUUGGCUUUGUGAAGGAGAACUUUUUGUGGUGGAUUGAUGGCUGCAGAGCACCCUCUUUGGUUUUCCUACCUCAAGCACUUCAAGGUCUCACGUCAGUCUUAACUUCAGAAAAGCUGAACAACGCAGACAUGAGAGAGAGAGAGAGAGAUGAUGUUGGAGAAGGAGCAGACCUGCUUGUGAAUUGACGUCAGCGCGACCACGUGGCGUACAGCACAAACGAGGGUUUGGGGAUUCUGAAACGGCUCGUCGCUCUUAAUAAAAGGAUGCCACUUGUCCCCACGGUUACAAAAGCUUGAGAUAGCCAGUGUGAUGCUGAUUACUUACUGGUGUAUUUGAAAAGGGGUUUGGGGGGGGGGAGAAGGCAGGAUAGGCAACGGGCAUGCUUAAUCCCAACCCAAUGAAAGAUAAAGAGUUACGUGUGAGGGCUUAAUCCCAGCCCAUUGAAAUAUACAUUUCUCUGAAAAAAAGGGAAAGGGAAGAGGGAGUGUGAGGUAAACUGCUCACUCUUUGCAUCUUUCUGGCCUUCUAUUCAAGGCUCUGAGGAGCAUCUUUGCUCUAGAACAGUGAUUCUCAACCUUUCUAAUGCCGUGAUCCCAUAAUACAAGUCCCCAUGUUGUGGUGACCCCCAAGUGGGUGUGGCCACCAAUAAGAGGGAGUAGGACAGCUAGGGAAAAGGGAAAAAAAUGGCGGACAGCGUGGUUUGGCGACCCCCGUGAAAUGGUCAUUUGACCCCAAAUGGGGUCCCGACCCACAGGUUGAGAACCACUGCUCUAGAACCAGCACUCCCUUCUCAGGACUCUCGUCCUUCGUUGCUUUCCAAAUGACCUUUGUGGCCCGUUCUUACCAUCGUCAGCCAGUCUUAACUCUGUCAACAGCUGUAUUGGGAAACAACCCAGCAUCUGGGGGGAUAAAUCUCACAUCCUAUAAUCAUGAUUUCAAGGAAUGUGGGAGCUUCUGAAGCCAGUGCCAGGGUGCAUUUUAAGUCCUGCUUAAGACAUUUUGCUUCUCACCCAGGAAGCUUCUUCAGUUCCGAUUGAACAAUAGGGAAUGGAAGGAUUUAUACUGAACACAUUUAUAUUUUAUAAAUGUGAAGGAUCUAUAGUUAUAUCAGUGAGAGCUGGAGAAGCUUCUUAGAUGAGAAGUGAAAUGCCUUCAAGGAAAAACAAAAUCCCAAUUGCCUUUUGAAAAAGCACCUUUGGAACAACCAUAGUCUGGAUGACUGAGAAUCUCCACAGAAACUUCUAGAAAUAGAUUAACCUUACAGACGUGCAACAUCUCUGUUCUGAGGGAAUGUAUUUCCCAAGGCCAUAUUAACUUGUAACUCCUUCCCUGUUUUUGAAUUGGUGGUGGGAUCUGGUUAAGAUUCAGUAGUACGAAUCUCCAUAGAAACUUCUAGAACAGGGGUGUCAAACUGCCAGCCGGCGGCCUGGACAUGUCACGCAGAAGCCGCACCCACCCCAUUGUUGGCAAUAGUAAAAUACAUCAUGCGACCUCGCGAGUUUGACAUGUGUGUUCUAGAAGUAGAUCAGUGUUUCUCAACCUUGACAAU